UUUUUUUUUUUACAAGAAACUUAUUUUCAUUUUCCGAUUGUACUCUAGACAACCUUUGUUGCGAUCGAAAGGGAUCCGAAUAAAUGUUAACGUGAACAGUGAUUAAGCUAAAUUGCAUUCAAUUGCUGACAUUUUUGUUAGAAAUACAUAUUGUGCUUUUGUUAUUUAAAUCGUAAGUUUUGUGUGUGUGUAUUUUAAGUUAGACUCAGUAACAGAGUGAAACUGAUUUAAGUACAGUGUACUUCAGGUAGUCUUAUGAGGAGUCAUGGAUUUUUAAGACUGAUCAAUUUUCAUUAUUAAGUUACACUACAUAGUUCAAGUAAAUAAUAAUAAUAGUAUAGUUUGUGUGCGUGUGUGUGUAUGUGUGUUGUUUAUGUAUCUUGAUGUUUAUAUGUACAUUUAAUAUUUUAAUGCCUUUUGGUGGACAGAGAUCACUAGUCGAUUCAUAUUUUGUAAAGAAUUAUUAGUUUGUAGACAGAUAAAUACUUAGUUUCUAGAGAAAUUAUCCUUUAUUGCUAUGAGGACUGAACCAUUAUUAUUCUGCACUUUAUGCACUUAUAAUAUCAUAUUUCUCUUCGUUAAUAAUUUGAAUGAGUUUGUAUUAAUUUAUAUUAAAAAAUCAUAGUGAUCUCUAUACCUUUAGGCAAUAAAUAUACAAUGUGUGCUUCAACGAAAUGCUCUUCUUCAUUAUGGACGUAAUCCUUGUAUUGUGUUUUUUUAAUAGACCAAUUAUGACACCGAUUUAACGUCCUGUAAUAAACUUUGUGGUUGCACAUAUAGUGGUGUGAGGUUGCAUGUUUAAAAAUGCAGCUGAAUAAAAUAUUAACCCUUCCUCUUAAAAGAUGUAAUUACAGUUGAUUCAGCGAUAUCUUAAUUUUUAUUUACGUUUAUUUCAUUAACACUCUACCACAGCUGUUUGUUGAACUAUAUUGAUAGAAAGACAGAAGUCAAAGUCUUGUUUUAUUUUAAUUUAUAUCAAUAUAUGUAAUUUAACUAUAUUAAUCUUUUGAAUUACAUAUUUUCUUAUAAAAUAACACUUUUUUUAACAGAUAGAAAUGAGAUUAAUAUUUCUUGUGCGUUUGAAAUCGUUUUCAUAGUUGGUUGCCAUUUUUCUCCCGAGAAAGCUCAUUACGUCACUCUGUUUCUGAGUCCGUAAUUUUAGAAGUUGCCUACCGCCUUUAAAUUAUGUCAUAGGAUAAUUAUUAACUAUGUAACAUAACAGACUUGGUUAUACUAUUAGUGUAGUCAGAAUAGAAGUAAGAGAUUUUAAGUCAAAGAAACAAGUUAAAUUGUUUAAAAUGUGUUAUUAUUUAUGUCGUAAAGUAUUAAAAACGGUUAUUUCUUAUUAAUUAGUUUGUAACGGAUAGCAAUCGUCUGUAUUUUAAAGCUAAAUAUUUUUCUUGUCGAGCCAAGUCUACAUUCAUUCUUUCAUACAAUGAUUGAUUGAUUCUUGUGUAAAAAUUGUAGUAAUUAUUAAUAAAAACUUAUAACUUUAUGAAGUAGGUACCAGUUUUCUUCUUUUUUUUUGCAAUUGAUAUUAUUUUCUACAGAUUUAACACAGAAUCAUUCAAACACUCAAAUUCAAGCAGAGAAUAUUUGUAUGUGUUUAAUACAUAAUGUUCAUUAUCUGUUGUUAAAUAAAAAAAGAUAUUAAUAUCUUUUUUUUUUUAGUACUUGGCUCCUUCAUGUUAUUGUGAAUACAAUUUCCAUUUUCUACACUCUAUCGCAUUUAUAGUUAAGUUGUUUGUUGUAUGUACCAAUUUCAUGUGUGUAACAAGUCGGUAUUUCAAUAUUGAAAAUUACUGGUUUUGCAUAAGUUAUAUGCAUUUAUAGAAUAAUAUUAAUGACAUUUUUAAUAUUAAAAAUGUAGUGGAAAUUCUUUUCUUUUUUUAAUAAUCUGACCCCAGAGCUAAUUUAAAUAUCCUAUGUUUAUGAUUCCAUCACACAAAGUAUCGUUUGUAUAUAAAUGUUGACUUUGUAAAUGUCGCUGAUUGACGUGUUCCUACAUGUAUAGUUGUGGCCAUAGUACCUACUGGCGUGAUUCUUUUAAUGAUAAUUAAGAUACGUUAUGAUAAAGUGUAGAAAAUUAUGAAUAGAUGUUUCCAUUUUGAUAUGAAAUCGGUAAAAUAAUAUUUCCUCUCAUUUUAAUUGUAUGUACCACAUUUGAUCUAUAUCUACCAAUAUUUAUAAAAGAUUGAACAUUUUGUGUUUUAUUUUUUCACACACUCCAAUAAUAAAGUUUCCCGCAUUAAUAAGUUAUAAGAUAGCGAAGCGUCCAUUACCGAAUACUGGGUAUUCGUCUCGGGUAUUUUCGAUUCGCGUUUUUGGAAGUGCAACUGUAUCCAUGCCCUGUCUGGAUUUUUUUUGUUUUUUUUCUUGCUUAGAUGGGUGGACGAGCUCAGCCCACCCGGUGUUAAGUGGUUACUGGAGCCCAUAGACAUCUACCACGUAAAUGCGCCACCCAUCUUGAGAUAUAAGUUCUAAGGUCUCUGUAUAGUUACUGCUCCACCCUUCAAACCGAAACGCAUUACUGCUUCACGGCAGAAAUAGGCGGGGUGGUGGUACGUACCCGUGCGGACUCACAAGAGGUCCUAUCACCAGUAAUCACAAACGAAACGCAAUAUUAAUAGUGACACGAAAAUAUGGGCAAUUUUUGUCCAAAAAGAGGGACAGGGCGAUCAAAACCGAAUGAGAGUGAGAAAGCGUGAACGUCGCACAGUGCCAUGGAGCAAGAGGAGUGAGAAAGGGAGAUCGAAAAAAAUACACGCUAUUAGUUAAUGUAUUCGUUUAGUAGUUACUUAUUAAAACUUUAGAAGGCAAUAUUAUAUAAUAGUUCUGUCGCAUAACGUCUUAAACUACAGUAAACGCAGAUCUUUUUUAUAUUUACAUUAUCAUUAGUAUGUAUGUAGUGUGUAAACAGGGAGUUAAAUUUAUAAAUAAACAUUGUAAAUCAUCCUAUACUUAGCAGUUGUUCCUAUUCAGAGUAAAUACCUAAUAUAUUUGUUAUCUUUUUGUUAAUUUACAAUUUUUUAUGUUAAUUCGUUGCAGGUUAGGAAAUUUUAUUAUUAGGGGUUAAAGUGAUCAAGAUUCUACAAACUGUGUGAAAGCAUUUUGUACUGCCUCCUGGAAAGAAAACUUUUUAUCACGUACAAAAUUAUCCAAAUCACGAAAAAUAUGGUAGUCCGCUGGAGCAAGGUCUGGCGAAUACGGAGGGUGACGAAUGGUUUCAAAUUGCAGUUCCUGUAGAGUUAAAACUUUACAGUGCUGUACGAGGCCUCGCGUUAUCAUGGAGCAAUAAUGGUGAAGAUCGAUACAUGAGUCGGGGCUGUUUCACUGUAAGUUUUGCUAUCAUUGCACGUCCACAUAUCUAAGAAAAAAGAAAAAAAAAAGAGUUCAGCCCAGUAGACAUCUGCCGUUAUUGCUUGACCAUAUCGGAGAAAGCUAUAGUGAAUAACACCAUGCUGAGACCACCAAACAGUUACCAUUACCUUUUCAUUGAUAAGCUUUCCUUAGGACACUGUUGCGGCGUUUGAUCUGGGGUCAGCCAUCGCACUUUUCAUCACAUGUCACAAUUCGACCCAAUAUUCAUUCAUUUCUGUAUCGAUUCAACAAGACAACACAAGUUUCAACAAGCGUUUCUUUCUGCAGAACAGUCAAAUCAUGAGGCAUCCAUUUUGAUUUGACGCAAAUGAGUCAAUAUUGUUGGUAAUACGUUAAACCAUGCCACUAAUUCCUGGGUAGUUUGUGUCGGAUCGGCUUCUCCUCUCUUUCAAUUGAUGGUUAUUCACAUGUGUGGGCGGUCUUCCACGUGGUUCGUUCUUCAGAUCAAAAUUUCCAUCACGAAAGCGUUUAAACCAAAAUUGCACGGUGCGUUCAUUAGCAAUCCCCUCUCCCCUCUCCAAACGCAAAAUUGAUAUUGCGAGCCGUUUUUGCAGUGUUAGUUCCGCGUCGGAACUCUUAUUCCAAAGUCACUUGAAUUUUCGAAGUUCAUACCUAUAAAAAUUGGAAUUUUAGAUCGUAUAAACUGCGGAGAAAAGUCAAUAUCGAUUGCAAAUUCAUUAAAUUUUGCCCACUGAGUUUCUCGCCGGAUCAUCUCAGUGUGUUGCGUUUCCGAUCCGGUGGUAGAUUCUGCGAUCUUGCUCUUGCUAGGCCCUAGCAGCUAGGGUAGGUAGCUAAAAUUAAUUCCGUCAAAUACCUCACAUUAAUUUAUAGCAUAUUGUUUCUAUUCCACGAAAUGACAUUAAUUUAAAUUUAACGUGUUUUAGGUAUACUGACUUCCGGUUUAGAGAAAAUACGAAAAGAAAAUUGUUUUGAAGCUUCGUCGGUCCGGGUCGAAAAAAUAAAUGCUUUUGUUACGAUGUCUGACCUACAAAAAAAUGCGACGAAAAAUCCAAUUCUUUCUGUGCUGUAAACUUAUCAUCGGAACAUGGUGUAACACUAUGGACGGAGUAACAACAAAAGCAAAUUCCUCAGAGGCUCAAUUUCAACCAAAUUAUUUGGCAGACUCAGUCAACAAUUUUGGGUACAAAUUACUUUUAAAAAUGAUGGAGCAAAACAAGAAUGAAAACAUCGCAUUGUCUCCGACCGGUAUUGCUGGAUUACUGGCAAUGACACUUCUCGGUAGUGUGGGAAGUACAUACGACGAGCUCGCCACAAGCCUCGGUUUUUCUCAAGACAUAUUGGCCAAUCGAAACCACCACGAGCAGUUCGGUGAGCUGCUUCAACAAUUGAACGAUAAUGAAACGAACUCCAAAACAUUGUAUGCAGAUGCCAUGUUUGUUGAUUCACAAACCCGGAUCCGGUCCGUUUUUAAAGAUUAUUUGACGACCGUGUACCACGGGGAAGCCCGCGGUGUCAACUUCACACAAAAGAAUGAAGUCAAACAAAUGAUAAAUGAGUGGGUCAAAGCGCAAACGCAGGCAAAGAUUGAAGAUUUUUUAAAACAAUCACUACCAGAGGCAACAAAGGUGGUAUUGCUAAGCGCUCUCUACUUCAGCGGACAAUGGGCAUCACCCUUUAUUCCGGAAUACACAUUUAAGAUGCCGUUUAAGAAACCUGAGGGCGAAGUAAUGGCCGACCUUAUGCUUAAUUUAGGAGACUUCGAUUACAUUUUCUCUGAAAAAGACGGUUUGCAUAUGAUCGCACUACCGUACAACGACUCUACAACCGUUAUGUACGCUCUCAAACCUAGAUUACCAAUGAAACUAAGCCUUUUUGAUCUGAUGAAAAAACUAGACUACAAUAAGAUUGACGAACUAAUUAAUAAAAUGAACGAAAGAAAGGCUGUUGUGCGAUUCCCUAAAAUGGACUUGGAGAGCAACGUUAAUCUAGACAAAGCACUGAAAGCUGUCGGAAUCAAGUCUAUGUUCAGUCCCGACGAAGCUAAUUUUGCUUUGAUGAUAGAUUCGUCUGAUGAUAAAAAAGAAAACGAGGUAGUUAUUAGAUCGAGAUUCGGUCACGAGCAGUCAAGAAUGUUAAAAGACGCAUUGAACAGUUUACCCAAUCCGGGAGUGUACGUCGACUCCGUUUUACAUAACGUCAAGAUUACUGUUAACGAAUUCGGAACGGAAGCUGUGGCGGCGACGGCCGGGAUAUUGGCGCGAUCAGCUGAACAGUUCUACGCGGACUCCCCGUUCUACAUAUUCAUUCGGAACGAGAAGACCAAACUAGUGACCUUUAGUGCCGUCGUAUACGAUCCUACGAUAUAGAAACAGUUCACUACCAACAAACUACUUAAUAAUAAAUGUAUUUAUUAUAGGAUAAUAAUAUUUGAUACUAUAAAAUUUUGUCGCUUGGUAAAUGAGAAACUUGCGGGUACUUUUCAUUAUUUAGAUCUUCGUUUGAAUGUUUUUAUUUUAUUUUUAAAUUACGACCAUUGCUCACUCUGUCCAUCUUUAUUACGAUCUUCUGUGACCGGUUAUAUAAGGUUGAUGCUUCUGUCCGCCUUAAAAUUCGGUCUUAACAUUAGUAUUCAAAGUACCGUCGUACUAAAUUAAAUAAAACCCCAAAAUCGUUUUUAAAACAACAUACAUAUACAUAUUACUAUACUUAUAUUGUCUAUUAUACUUCUGCCUCCUUUUUUUUUAUUGCCCUUGUAGGCAAAUGAGCAUACGGCCCACCUGAUAGUGAGUGGUUACCGUCGCCCAUGGACUCCAGCAAUGCAAUAAUCUAGGGAUCAUAGCUGUACAUAAUUUUGCGUAGAAAACUUACAAGAUUUGGAAAUUAAAAUUUACUUAGGCAUUUUGUGUCGCUUCCUGAGAAUAUUCUUUUUUGGCAAAACUUAAAAAAAUGACAAUAGAUUGAGACUAACAAAUUCGUUUUUGAAAAAUAUAUUAUUUUUGUUUUAAUAUUUUUUUAAAUCAUGCCGUCUUCUUGAGGCAAAAGCAUCGAGAGUUUGAGGUUCCUAUUGGAUUCACAAUCCAGACAGAACUAAAUAUCAUAACCGUUAUAAUACUGUUAGGAAAACUACCUUUUUUUAGCCAUUGCAGCCAACAAAAUACUGGUUAGUUACAGUCGCAGCAAAAAAGCCAGUAAUUUGUAUUAGAAUCACAACAAAAAACUUACAUCGUACAUCGGUAUAACAACAAAAACUAAACGGACUAUUUUAAUUUAAGCUUCGCAGCGUUUACUGCACAUAAACAUAUUUAUCAUUUUAUAUUGUUUAAUAAGUUAAAUUAAAAUAAUAAUUAUUACUAUGUAUUCAUUACGCUGCGUACAAGACUUACUAUAAUAAGAUGCAUUGAUAUAAGUAAAACUUGUAUUUUAAUAGUAAUGAAAUAAAAAAAAGAAACGAUACCAAA